AUGUAUCGGUCCGGGUUGUCUGAGUUCGUAAUUCUCAAUGAAAAGAUGAGUUCCUUCUCGAUUACGAGGAAGAAGACGCCUUUUCAGAAGCACAGAGAAGAGGAAGAGGCAAAGAAAAAGCGAGCAGAGGAUGAAACAGCUCGUUUAUAUGCAGAAUUUGUGGAGUCGUUUCAAGACGAUAGUACGCCCGGGUCAAAGACAUUUGUUAGAGGAGGAACAGUCAAUCCCAGUGACAAAUUGAAGACUGAUUCUGAAGGUGGAAAUUCCAAAGAUGGGGUAUCUGGUUCAAAGAAGGGGAGUAGGUAA